UGGGCGGAGUCAAACAGCUGGAUACUCGUGGCGGCUGAGAUACAGCGGGACUGGCUGCUGUGAAGCCAGCCUUCCCCCCACUCAUUUCAACGCGAACACGGCUAACCGAGGUCCCAUCUGCUCUGGAAAAAUCUACAUACUGAAGUAAAAUUAAAGCUAAGUCGUGAUAGUUUUUUGGGGGGGUGGGGGUGCCAGAGUUGUGGAGGACACGCCGGCGUACUCAAAGUUUUCAUUUUCCUAAAUAGAAAAAAAAAAAAUCUGCAUUUGCUAGCUUACAAGGAGGCAGAAGCUGAAAGGCGACAUCUGUGCUGCCAGUGUCCCAUCUACCGUCCUCCAUCUUCAGGAAAAUGAAUCGGUGCACAAGUCAGUCACACUCAGAUAAAUGUUAAUCCUACUUGAGAAGAUAUUGCUCAGCUGGCUGGAGAGGAAAAAGAAGAAAGGUGCUGGAAGAUGUCUCUGUGGAUGAUACUACCUGUUAGCCUCCCUGUCCUGACCAUCACUGGGAUAUGGGUUGUCUAUGCCAUGGCUCUUUACAACCAGCACGUCUGCCCUGUAGAAAACUGGUUGUAUAACCAGUCAUGUGAGGAGGAGCUGUAUUUGCAGAGCGGGCCAUCCUUGUGCUGCACACUAGACAAUGUACCUCUCAUCAGUAAAUGUGGGACUCUUCCUCCUGAGAGCUGCUUCUUCAGCCUUAUCUGCAGCACGGGCUCAUUCAUGGUGAUGGUGAUUGUGCUGCUUCGCUACGCCCACGUCAUUGAGAAGCAUCAAAACUGUGUCCUGAACACGGCGAGUCUUUGCACGGGCUGGAUCUGUGGUGCUGGACUCAUCAUGGUGGGCAACUUCCAGGUGGAUAAUGCCAAAAUUCUCCACUAUGUCGGAGCAGGCAUUGCCUUUCCCACCAGUAUGCUGUUUGUGUGCCUGCAGUCAGCGCUGACGUACCGACUGGCCAAAACCCAAGGGGAGUACAACUUGGCCCACCUCCGGCUCUGCAUGACCCUGCUGGCCUUCGUAGCCUUGGUGCUCAGUGGUGUUUUUUUCUGUCAGGAGAGCUUCGUCCUGCAACACGCCUCGGCCAUCUUCGAAUGGGUGUUCUGCAUCAUCAUCAUGCUUUUUUACGGGACUUUUGCCUUCGAGUUUUCCGGCAUGUCAUCAGAUACCAUGGUGGUGCUGGCGAGAGGAGGCUCCCUGGGACUUGCUGGCAGAGAACACAAGAUGGACGCACUGGGAGGGCCCGGUUUGCACUCACAGCCACAUCCACACCAACCUGAAAGCAUGUCCAUGCUGUAGCCUCCUGGCACACGUUGAUGCCACACAGUUGCCUCAUUUUAUUCCUUUCCAACUCUAGUCUGAAUUAUUCAUUUCCAGCCGUGUUCGUCUGAAGGUUUGAAAUGAACCAGGCCAGUGCAGCAGCCGUUCAGAGCGGGCGUAGCUCUGCUGCAGUUUAUACUUACGUCAAACUUUGUGUCUCUUAAGAACUUGUUUGCAUUUUGCACAUUGCACAGGCGUGCAAAACCAAAUUUUCUCCCUGCUCAUUGCUGUCCUCAGUGACCAUCAGAGGAGCGUUUUGUGAAUCAGAUCGUGGAGGUCUUGUGAAUCCGAAGGCCUCGGAUUCAGAUGACUGCCCCGAUGCGUUCAGAGUGUGUAAGAAGUGAAGGCUGCUGGACAGCCCAGCUGACAGUAUUACAGUGGGAGGGUGUCACAGUGUUUCAAUCCUGGAAACAGAACAGGGCGGCAGUUUGCAUUUUUCAUCACAUAAACCUCUGUUAAGCAAUAUUUUUGAUGGUAAGUCACAUCUUUGUAAUUAACACCCUACACUGUAUAGAUCUUCUUUUGUUUUUUACUGUUUUGGUUAUUCAUUCUGCAUACUCAUCUGCACAUUACCUCCCUUCCAAAGCCACAUGUAAAGCUAAAAUAUUUCUGUGGAGUUGGUUGACCAAAACUAAUCAGAAAUAAUAUCAUCUGGUGGACAUCAGAGUAGUUCUGAGCUCUGUUGUGCAUCUCAUGGCUUGUAUUUAGAUACGAGUGUCAUUUUGUUUAAAAUGCUUAUUGCAGCAUUAAAGUUUGUGCCGUAUAUGCAAGCCUAAUAUUGCUGUUAAAGUAUCAGACUGCAUGGACUUAUUAUUUCCGGAGUAUUCGGGUGACGUUUCAUAUGUCUUUAUUUAAACUGUGUUAAGAAAUUCAGUGAGCUCUGAGUCACAUAAAUCUUCUAAUUAAGACUGAAAAAAUACACCCUUCCCCAUUCUUCUUGGGAUCCAUAGACUAGAUCAAUGCUCAGCUCUUAAAUAAUGCUGGAUUGAACGCCUUCUCUGUAAAAGAAUAUGAAGGAGAGGUGACACAGUGUCGAGAGGCCAAAUAUGUACCAGCUAAUUCAAUCCAGUGCACUGGCUUUAUUGAGUUUAGUGACAGGGCAUUACACGUGUUUCCAGGUCCUGUAGGCAGAGGUCUGCAUCUUAUUAUUCCCACAUGCAGGAGGAGGAGAACGUGUUCUUAUUGCUUUAGCUGCUUCCUUUUUCUGUGAAGCUCGAAACUCUGCACAGGUGGAGAUGUUUCAGCACAUCAAGCUGGUGUAGUGGGACAAGGGAAAAGGAUCUGUUUAAUGUAAGACAUGGUAGAGAUGGACUGUCCUGCCCCUGUGUUACUGUGUUAUUUUGCAGUAUGUGCCAAAUACAAGUGUGCCUAUGGCAUUGGUGCUAAUACACAAAUAGGCCUUACCUUGUUGUUUUCCCUUACUUCAGCUGUGAUUACAGCAAAGCAAUAAGAAGAGACAUAAGGUAAAUCUGUGACUCUGAUAGUGAGAGCAGGGACAAAAGCUCAGGAGUACCAAAAUGUGGAGAAAUGCUCCAUGCUUGCUAACAUCUGUGCAUAAUUUUCUCAAGCUUUGAGGAAUCAGAGGCUUUACAACAGUAGUACUUCAUGUAAUUGGCCAUCAGCACAUCUGGCCACAUGUCGAGCUGAGAUGUUGUUUGUGUAAUUUGUCCGCAAAUUCACAGUAUGUUACUGAAAAGUAGUUAUUCACUAUCAGGCUGAACGUAUCAGACUAGACUGAACUAGAGUGAAGGGGAAGCCUGUGCACGCUGCACUGAGGACGGAGCUGAAAGUGACACCAGCCGCAACACUGAGCACUUGCUUCUCUCUGCUGGUCACACCGCUUAUUGCAUGUGUUAAGCUCACAGGAGGGUUUUUUUUUCUACUUGAAAAAUUGUCCGUUUUUUCUGCCUGCAGUCAGAAUACUAAGGCCAACUCACGUUUUUUUUCUAUUAUUUCAUAAAGGUGGAGGUUCAACUGCAGCCUGAGCUUCUGCCUGCGACAAUACACUACUUUUACAGUAUGAGGUUCCUCCGAGAAACCACAUUAAACAUUCAAUACAUUUUAAACGUUCACUAAAAUAAUGGUGCUAAUCAUUUCAUAUUUACUUAAAGUAUUUCAUCUGACAUCAUGGUUUAUGAAUAUUUCCUAUUUCUAGCUGACCACUACAAAAAAAAGAAACAUUUCUUUUAAAUCUUCACAUUCGCCAUCAUUCUCUUCAUUUCAUAAAUCAUUCUUCCUCAUUUAUGGAUCUAUCUGAUCUCUACACUCAGGAAAACAUUACCACACCAGCUGCGUUCUUUGAUUCAAGGCCUUUGGCUUUCUGCCGUCUUUGUUUAAAUUGAAUUUUUGUUGAUGGGAUUCCUCGUGUACAUUUGUUUUUAUGUAGUAUAGGUGCAGCUGGCGUUUUUUUUUUUUUUGUUGUUGUUGUUUUUUUACCGAGCUGUAAGACUGAUGAUUAGCCAUUACGUAAUAGAUUGUUUUUGCUAAUCAAGACUCUGUCAAAUGUGCGAGAAAACUGAGCUUACUCGUGUAAUCAAGAGAUCAUUGGUGAGACCAUUCCGACUAACAAGAACCCAACAAUCCUCACAUCACCCCACUCUAAGUUAUACAGCUCCCUGUGCCUUAUGUACUGUUUUGAUCAUGGAAACCAAAGAGGUCACAGUUGUAAAUUCUAUUUUGAUGAUUGUAUCCAUUUAUGCCUUAAUAUUCAACAAAUAAAAAAAAACAGCAAACGUUGAAUCCCACUGGUUUCAUUACACAACAUGAGCACAAAGAACCAGACAGUGGUUCUCUAAUCUUUUUUUUUUUUAUUGUUUAAUUAUUUACAUUAUCCAGUUUCAUUGACAGAAGGUGACACUCCUAUAACAAAACAGUGUGAGCUGUAGGUGAACUUACAUGUUUUUUACACUCGCCACCAAAACGUCCUGAAGCUCUACAGACAAAGUUUUUUGUUUUUCUCUUAAGACUUUCUUAAUCCCAUCAGAAGUGCUUCUCAAGGAUCUAAUUAAAUACUCUGUCAUUAAUAAAUGCCAAAAAGCUGGGCAAAAAUGAAAUAUUCUUAAAGGUAUUUUUUAAAGAAGUGUGAUAUAUGCUAGCGUGUGCUUCUAAAGUUGUAAAACACAGCAAAUUUAAGACAUCGGUGGUCCACUAAAUGCUAACGGCAAAGAUUCAGACUUCUAAUUAUUUGCUAAGUUGAGCCACAUUUACAGCAGAAAGCCUGCGGGUACUAAAGAAAAAGAAGAAAAACCAUCUUCCACAGGUGGCUGAAAGGGAAGAGCAGUGUGAAGACAAAACUGCAAAGGCUAUUUUACAUUUUGAUUUAUAAGUUAUCUCCUCCA